CCCCUGCGAUUUGGCCUCACGGAACCCGCGCGAUGAAGUGCCUGUUUGUUACUGUCGGGACCACCAGCUUUGACGACCUCAUUGCGUCCGUGUUAGCGCCGGACAGUCUUCAAAUAAUCAAGAGCCUCGGUUACAGCCGGCUUGUCCUUCAGAUUGGUCGAGGAACUGUGGUACCUAAGCCAUUCAGUAGUGACUCCUUUACUCUGGAAGUUUACAGGUACAAGGAUUCCUUACAAGAAGACCUUCAGAGAGCAGACCUUGUUAUUAGUCACGCAGGUGCAGGAAGCUGUUUGGAAACUCUAGAAAAGGGAAAGCCACUUGUAGUUGUAAUAAAUGAAAAAUUGAUGAACAAUCAUCAGCUAGAAUUAGCAAAGCAGCUAUACAAAGAAGGCCAUCUCUUCUACUGUACCUGCAGCAUGCUUCCUGGGCUGUUACAGUCAAUGGAUUUAUCAACACUGAAAUGUUUUCCUCCUGGCCAGCCAGAAAAAUUUUCUGCAUUUUUGGAUAAAGUUGUUGGAUUACAAAAAUAAAUACUAAACUCUCAACACUUAAAAGAUACACCCAAAUCAACCUGUGGAAUAUUAUUAAAUAUAUAACAUAUUUGUAAGAUAAUAUAAAUUAAUGAACUUCC